AUGGAGAACGUGAUCAACUCGGUGAAGGGCACGGCGCUCGGGGUGGCGGAGUUCCUCACCCCGGUGUUGAAGGAAUCCAAGUUCAAAGAGACUGGCGUGAUUACACCGGAGGAGUUUGUAGCUGCUGGGGAUCACUUGGUUCACCAUUGCCCCACAUGGAAAUGGGCCUCUGGGGAAGAAGUCAAGGUGAAGCCAUAUUUGCCGCAGGAUAAACAGUUUCUCCUGACACGCAAUGUUCCCUGUUACAAGCGUUGUAAACAGAUGGAGUAUUCAGACGAGCUGGAAGCCAUCAUAGAGGAGGAUGAUGGAGAUGGGGGCUGGGUGGACACUUACCACAACUCAGCAGGUGUGUUAGGAGUCACGGACGCUGUACAAGACAUUUCACUGGACAAUAACAAGGACAAGAACAUGAAUGCCACGUCUGGAGCAUAUUGUGAUGAUGAUGGGGAUGAGGAUGAAGAUGGAGAAGCAGCCGAUAUGGAAGAGUACGAGGAAAGUGGCCUGUUGGAGACCGAUGAGGCCACCUUGGACACCAGUAAAAUGGUUGAAGCCAAAGCGGAGCCUGGGAGCGAAGACGCCAUCCUUCAGACCAGAACAUAUGACCUGUACAUCACAUAUGACAAAUACUACCAGACGCCUCGACUCUGGCUCUUUGGAUACGAUGAAGAUAGGCAGCCACUGACUGUAGAUCAGAUGUACGAGGACAUCAGCCAGGACCACGUGAAGAAGACGGUCACUAUUGAGAACCACCCCCACCUUCCUCCACCUGCCAUGUGCUCCGUCCACCCCUGCAGACAUGCUGAAGUGAUGAAAAAGAUCAUUGAGACCGUGGCCGAAGGGGGACGAGAGCUGGGAGUGCAUAUGUACCUUCUAAUCUUCCUGAAGUUCGUCCAGGCCGUCAUUCCUACAAUAGAAUACGACUACACGAGACACUUCACCAUGUAGCUCCAUGACUGCUGAUGCAACAUGGGGAACAUCAUCUCUGCUGCCCGUGUUGAGGUUCUAUCAGGUCUGGUCCGUGUUUGUAUAACUCAAGGACACUUUGCGUGGGUGCAGGACUCGGGGAAUGUUGGAGGUCUGGGACAAAACUGUCUGUUAAAGGAACAGUCUGGAAACAGACUUGUUUUCUAUGAAAGCCAGAGUCAGAUGAGAAGAUCAGUAUGGGUUUGAUCUGCAUCUCCUCCGGUUCAGAGCUACAUGUGUUGCAUGAACAGGGCACCUUUCAAAGAGCUGUAUUAUCAUGUUGUUUUGUUUGAUUUCAUGUAAAAACAACACACGUGGAUAUAUUUGUGGUUGAAUAGUGUUUUUCACUGGCUAGUUUCUUCUUACGUCCAGUGCUAAGCUAAGCUAGGCUAGGCUAAUCACGGCCUGGACUCGCCCGAAUGAAACUGAUAUCCAUCUCUUCAUCUGACGAUGCUAAGCUAGGCUAACCACGACCUGGCCACGCCCAAAUGAAACUGAUAUCAUCUCUUCAUCUGACUCUAUGCUAAGAUAGGCUAGGCUAACCACAGCCUGGCCUCUCCCAAAUGAAACUGAUCUCCAUCUCUUCAUCUGACUUUAUGCUAAGCUAGGCUAGGCUAACCACAGCCUGGACUCUCCCAAAUAAAACUGAUCUCCAUCUCUUCAUCUGACUUUAUGCUAAGCUAGGCUAGGCUAACCACAGCCUGGACUCUCCUAAAUGAAACUGAUCUCCAUUUUCUUCAUCUGACUCUAUGCUAAGCUAGGCUAACCACAGCCUGGACUCUCCCAAAUAAAACUGAUAGCAUCUCUUCAUCUGACUCUAGGCUAGGCUAGGCUAACCACACCACAGCCUGGACUCUCCUAAAUGAAACUGAUCUCCAUCUCUUCAUCUGACUCUAUGCUAAGCUAGGCUAGGCUAACCACAGCCUGGACUCUCCCAAAUAAAACUGAUAGCAUCUCUUCAUCUGACUCUAGGCUAGGCUAGGCUAGGCUAACCACAGCCUGGACUCUCCCAAAUAAAACUGAUAGCAUCUCUUCAUCUGACUCUAGGCUAGGCUAGGCUAACCACACCACAGCCUGGACUCUGUUAGCAUAUCUUCAUCUGACUUUGGUGAGCUUGCAGACCAAGCUUGGCCCCAAAGGUUGGACUGUACUCUGAUGUUGCUCUACCAGUUUACCGUUGUGACCACCGUGUGGUGAGCGCUCAAACUUCUUGUUGACACCAUUUUGAUGCUGUUAAUAAAACUCCUUCCACACUGCUUCGCUGUUUGAAAUGUAAACGUCUGUUUAAAAAAAGCCAAUUAAACCUGGUUGUGCAAAGUGUCAGCUUCUUGAGUUAUUAAAGAUUUGAUUGGUUACAGCAGAACACGCUGUUUUGAUUUUACUGAAAGCAGCUUCCUGCCACUGCUGGAAACCAGAUUGGUGAGAACAAAACACGUAUAGUUAUGGGCCAUAAAACAAUAAGCAUGCCCUGCUCUUCACUGCCUUUAGUCAUCUGGGCAUCCUUUUCUUAACUACAGAUACGAUUCAGAAGACAUUAUUAGCUAUUGGAAGUACAUGUAUGAUGGAAGCUUGAUUAUUAACAAUACUGUUCCCACUGUCGUGCUUAUUGUUCCAUUCUGCUGCACUGUGGAGAAGGCAUGGCUGAACAUUAUACUCUUGAUGCCUGUUUGUCUUAAUACUAGAUUUUAUGAAUGUGUUUUCAUUCAUACAUGCUUAUUGUGGUCGGCUCAUGUUUUUACUUCCCUCUGCAAGUUUGUUUUAUUGUUUUAUUGUCACAAACCUCUGUACUUCAAUAAAUCCUGCAAUGAA